AUGAAAGAAAUCACCAACGAUUUGUGCCCUGUCCUUAGCAUACAACAGCUAGCUCGAACCAGUACAAUGUAUUGGGAUGACAAAUAUGGCACCCACACUGUUUCAUCAGAGGUCAUCUCAAGUAUGAGAAUAAUGAUGACAGAAGACUCGAACAAUGCAGUGAGCAGUUCUUUCUUGUUGGAUGAUGAUUCAAGCAUUCCAUUUUCGGUGGAUGACAUCUCAAAGUCAAUGACAGAAAUCGAGGUAACGGACGUUGAUAUGCCACCUUUGAUCCGGGAGAAUUCUGGGUUUAGCUUCCUACACCAAAGAAAGGACUAA